CGUCACCCCUCCGAGUCCGCGCCAGCAGCAAGAUGGCGGAGGGGGAGCCGGAGCGCGGUGGGCGGCCGCAGCAGGCCCUGGUCAUUCCCCGCACAGCGGCCGAGGAGCAGCGGCUCAAGCUCGAGCGGCUGAUGAGAAAUCCGGAUAAACAAGUGUUAAUCGGUGAGAAACCGAAGGAGUGGGCUCCACGGCCGCCCCCGGAAUUUGUUCGUGAUGUUAUGGGAUCAAGCGCUGGUGCAGGGAGUGGAGAGUUCCAUGUCUACAGACACCUUCGUCGCAGGGAGUACAUGAGAGAGGAUUUCAUGGAGAAACAAGCAACCCAGCAACGUCUGGAUGAAGAAUUCCAGAAGAAACUAGAUGAGAACAGGAGGGUGGCUGAGGAGAGGACAGAAAAACGCAGGAGGAAACGUCAGAAGUUAAAACAAAAGAAAAUUUUGGCGAAGAAAGCGAAGCAGGAGCAGACAAAAGCAACAGACGGGUCUGAAACUUCAGGCAGUGGUGAAGACGAGGGGGUGGAGAGUCCAAACGAGGAAACAGAUGACACAGAAGCACCAAGCUUUAUCAUGGGUGGCCGAUGACCUUCGUUGUGUAGUUUUUUUGUUAUAUGGUAUUUGUCAUUCGAAUAGAAAAUGCAUUGCUGUGUCCUGAAUGUUGUACUAUUUAUUUAAUGUGGAAAGUUAAUUAACAUUUUAUAUGAAGCUUUGUGAUUAACAUGUAUAUAUGGAGCUCAGUAAAAUUAUUUUAACCAAAUGCCAUUGUUGGUUAGAUGUCUGAUAUUUACAAAAUGAAGCUUUCCAAUGAACUGCCUUCUCCCCUUGAAUUCUCACUAUUACCUCUUUCUAAAAAUUUGCAUCACCCACCCUGCUGCCCUUGGCCUCUGCCGCUUCCUGAGGCAGUAAGGCAGUGCGGGUGGUGGAAGAAGGGGCUCUGUACGUAGUGUCAAAGCAGCAUACUGUGCAGGCGUGAUGAGAUCUACCCCCCUCUACCUCCCUCAGAGGUUUUGGAACUAUUCUAAGUAUCAGUUGGCAAGUUAGAG